AUGUCCACGAGUCCAUUAUCAACAGUGCCGUUGUUGGUUGUCGCAUGGAUAUCUCGUGUGAUUGACCGGAUAUGUUCGGCAGCUGGGCUUGAUCCUCACCUCACUGAGAAACUUACACAGGUUAUCCCUGGUUUUGUGGCCGUUCAUAUCGAUAAUCUUGAACAAGUCCACGCGGAGAGCCGCAAGCUAGCUCCUCCGCCGAAGUCGAAUCUUUUGACACCAGUAUUGCUCACCCCAUGCGAGCGAGUGGUCGUUGGUGGUUUGCGUUGCGUGAUGCUCCCUGAAGGAUGUCCCGUAAUCGCAGACAAUCCCGAAAAUAGCAUGAACCUGCUUCCAGCUGAAGGAGCUUUGUUCCUUACCAACUACCGCAUUAUUUUCAAAGGACGACCGACAAAUCCAUUCAAUUCUACAAGUCGGGGGCGGUUGGGACCAAAUGAGAAAUGGCCACCAUCGCCGCCGUUCAUGUCAUCAUUCAAGGCCUCUACUCAACCGGCAAAAAAUGACGCUUCCGCAAACCUUAGCGACUAUCUUGAUUUGUCAGGUGUUCGUGGUAUAAUUAGUCCACCGAGUGCAACCCAUGUACAUCGGCAUCACUUCUGCGAUUAUGAACGGCUACGUUUUCGAGGAAUAGAUUCGAUAUUCAGGAUCUCACAUGCUAAUGCCCAUUACGAUAUAGUGAAAACCUAUCCAUCGGCAUUCGUUGUACCAUCAUCAGUCGGUGACGAUUCAUUCCUGAAAAUCGCGAAAGGAUUCAAACACGGUCGAUUUCCCGUGAUCACGUGGGCAAGUGAAACUGGCGCUCUGCUUAUCCGUGGAAGUGGUCUCACUGCCAGUAACGUUGUUCAGAAGAUCAAAAAGGAGCACUAUUUUGUACGACUCGCGCAUGUCUCACCGUCGGGCAGUGGUGACAUGGGAGGAACGACUGGCAUGUCCGCCACAACAGGGACUCCGGACGCUCGUCGCCGUAAUCAGACCCCUGAUUUCAUAAGACACUACACCACAUCUAUGUGGAGUAGCAACGAGAAACCAGGCUCUCGAGGUCAACAUGUUACCUUGGGUUCAGUGGUGAUGAAUCCGAUCACGCCAUGGAACACUUCCACGUUGCCGAGCGAUCAACAAUUUCAGAAAACGGUGCAUUACGCUAUAGGAAGUCUCACGCGUAAAAACUUGUAUGUGCUAGUGGAAAAGGGGCACUCUAAGGUGAAUGAGCGCCUACCGCAUAGAAAGUAA